ACCAAGACUUUAGACUUCCAUCACCACCAGAAUAUCUUCAUCAAAAUCUCAACAGAAACCAAACCCAAGAUUCAAGCUUUCACCUUUUCUAGCUGACUCUCAUCCAACGUAGAAACCCAUUGAGAAACUUGACCCAAUUCCCGAUGGGUUUCGCCGCCAAAACCCCCGAAGAAAACUCCGAAUCGAGUCUCCUCCUCCCCACCACCACCACCACCCCCACCCCCGACGGCGCCGCCGCACCCAAUAGAGUCCCAAACGACCCUUUCCAUCUGACCUACAUCAUCUACUUCACUCUGGGCCUCGGCUACCUCCUCCCAUGGAACGCUUUCAUCACAGCCGUUGAUUACUUCACCUACCUCUACCCCGACGCCAGCGUCGACCGUAUAUUCUCCGUCGCGUACAUGCUCGUCGGCCUCGUCGUCCUUCUGAUCAUCGUCUUCUACGCCCAGAAGUCCGACGCCUACGUCCGGAUCAACGUCGGCCUCGCCCUGUUUGUGGUGUCGCUGCUCAUCGUGCCGGUGCUGGACUUGGUCUACAUCCAGGGCCGGGUCGGGUUGUACUCCGGGUUUUACGUCACGGUUGCCGCGGUUGCGCUUUCGGGUCUGGCUGAUGCUCUGGUCCAAGGCUCGCUGAUCGGCGCGGCGGGUGAGUUGCCUGAGAAGUAUAUGCAGGCCAUUGUGGCUGGCACUGCUGGUUCAGGAGUGCUUGUUUCGUUUUUGAGAAUCCUAACCAAGGCUGUAUAUCCGCAAACCGGUGAGGGACUGAGGAAAAGUGCAAAUCUCUACUUUGCUGUGGGGAUAGUAGUUAUGGUCAUAUGCAUUGUUUUCUACAAUGUGGCACCGAGGAUUCCGGUUAUGAAGUACUAUGCAGAGUUGAAGAUUCAGACUAUAAAUGAGGAGAAAGAAUUGAAAGGUCCUCUGACGGGGUCUGUGUUGAGAUCGACUCUGUGGGGUGUAGUUGGGAGUGUCAAGUGGUAUGGUAUUGGCGUUCUGCUUAUCUACAUUGUGACUUUGGCAAUAUUUCCAGGGUAUAUUACCGAAGAUGUGCACUCUGAUCUUCUCAAGGAUUGGUACGCGGUCAUCCUUAUUACUGGUUACAAUGUGUUUGAUCUGGUUGGCAAGACUCUGACUUCAGUAUAUCUCCUUGAAAAUUCCAAGGUUGCAAUUGGCGGCACAGUGGCCAGAUUGCUAUUCUUUCCUCUGUUCUAUGGGUGCUUGCACGGCCCGGCAUUCUUCAGAACAGAGAUUCCAGUGACAAUACUGACUUGCCUUUUGGGCCUUACUAAUGGCUACUUGACGAGUGUGUUGAUGAUUUUGGCUCCCAAAGUUGUCCAAUUACAACAUGCCGAGACUGCAGGGAUUGUGAUUGUCUUGUUCUUGGUUGUGGGUUUGGCUGCCGGUUCACUUGUAUCUUGGUUUUGGGUCAUCUGAUCUUAAGCAAACUGUAUUAUCUUCAAGACUCGGACCUACUGUUGGUGCCACAUAACUAACACAGUUGCGAAUGGGAGUUUAAUUUCACUUUCUUAACUUUUUAUUCUCCUUCUGUACAUCUGUGUUAACUCAAUAUUUUCUUGUUUUUAUUGAAUGUAAAUGGUUGAUCUUUGAGUUAGGA